UUCUUCUUCUCUUUCAUUCCUCACCCAUCAUUUCUUCUCUCCAUAUCUCUCCCUUUCUUCACAUCUCCAUUCCUCUCUUAUUUCAACUGCAAAAAUUCCUCUCAUUUCUCACAAAUUCACCAUCACUCUCCGCGAUAAAAUAACUCUCCUCGCUUCGAAUUUCGCCUCUGUUUCCGCUUCAGAGAUUUCCGUUUCAAUUUUUUAAAAAAAUGAAGAAAACAUGCGAGCUGUGUAAACAAGCGGCGCGGCUACUCUGCGAGUCAGACCAGGCGAUCUUAUGCUGGGACUGCGACGCCAGGGUGCACUCCGCCAACUUCCUGGUGGCGCGGCAUUCGAGAAACCUCCUCUGCCGCGCCUGCCAGUCGCCGACGUCGUGGUGCUCCACCGGAUCGAAGCUCUCGCCGACCUUCUCCUCCUGCCGGAAAUGCGCCGAUCAUUGCGAUGAGGAGGAGAAAUCGGCGUCGGCGGCGGAGGAGAUGGCGGAGAAUCACGUCGCGCCGUGGUCGCCGCCGCCGGAGAGCUCGCUCAGCGGCGGAGAAUCGGCGCCGGUCGCGAGGAAGCGCCGCGAUCGCGCCGCGAUUAUCGAAGAUCUGAAUAUCUGUGCGGAUUCGGUGGCGACGGCGCGGUGCAAGUCGCGGAGAUCGGAGGCGGUGGCGCCGGAGGAGAGGGACGUUGAUCUGAAUCUGACGCUGGGGCUUUUCAGCCGUUGAUUAAGCGGUUUAGUGUUAGGAUUAGUGUUAAUGCGAGUUUUAGAAUUAGUUUAUUGGGAAAUGAUUUUACACGUUUAUUAGAGUGUUUUUUUUUAAUUGUUAUUGUGCAAUAUUUUACUAAUUUUUAUUGGUUGUAAUAUUUGGUAGUAGUAAUAGCUAAAAUUGGUAUAUUCUAAUUUCAUUCCGUUGAGGGAUGCAUAUAUAAAUAUUCAACAAAAUCUUAUGGAGAA